CUGCCUGUGUCCUUGCCAGGCGAGAUCAACGCAGCAACACGAACACUGCACACCAACCUCAACCGCUUGAUAACAAGCCGUCUGCCACUUGGACUGCCACCGCACACGGCUGACUCGACCCUCUACGCAACCGGUCUGCUUCACUUCGCGCACAUCUACCUGACUUUCGAAAGUCUGUGGGCAGACCUCACUCGCGACCACGCUCGGCCUACCUCCCUAUCCCCUUCCACUAUCGAAGCCUCGUCUUCGAGUCGAACAACUUCGCCGAUCCUCUUGUACUUACUAGUCAACCCCUACGACUCGCCCUCGCUUUUUACGUCUACACUCGGCGCACCCACACUGCCCUCGCCACAGCUCGCCUCGUUUCUGUCUACGCUACGUCCGCGAGGCCUCUCACGUUCUGGGAGGCUGAAGAAAGAUCUCGAGUAUUUGCUCGAUCUGCACUCAACAGAUCUUGAGGUCUUGUUGGCGAAGUACCCCGGCGACAAAGUAGGAGCGUUCUGCACUCACAUCCGCAAAAGUGUGAACGAGAAGCCAUGGACGUUGGUGGCGUAUGCCUGGUGCUUCUACAUGGCCGUCUUCUCCGGCGGUAGGUGGAUAAGGGCAGGAUUGCUGAGAGCCGGCGAUGACUUUUGGCCUCCGCAGGCUCCAGAAGAUGAGAUCACACUAACAGAACGUGGACUCGGCUUCUGGCAUUUUCCUGGUCUUCACGACGGCGAAGAUAUCAAAGCCGAGUUUCGGCUGAGGCUUGCAGAAGCAGAACAUCUUUUCACCGACGAUCAAAGAGUGGACGUGAUCGAGGAGGCAAAGACCAUCUUCCAGCUUUGCGCAGGAGUCGUCUUCGAACUGGACGACAUGGUCGGCUCGGCCCAUGUUGCGCAACCUCAGAGUGAGACCCCAGUGGCGCAGGUUCUGAAGGAGACGCCUACAGAGAAGCAAAUUCAUAUCGAGGGACCUGUCGUCCAGAGGCACAUGCUCAGCUUGCCCAAGUCGCUGACUGCGUUGCUGCGGCGACCAGAGAUCACCAGCAGCCUAUUAGCACUGGGGUGCUUGAUCUGCGUUGCACUACUG